CUUAUUACUUGUUAGUAGUGAUGACGCAAAGAUCCUGGAUGUUUUGCUCUUUAACAAUCCUAUCUCAUCCUUUAAGUCCCAUUCCCCUUGUUCAUCGAAAUCCAUCUCCAUACAUUCCUCCUAUGAAAACCAAAGCAUUUUGACAUCGAGCUCUUCAAAGCGAGAACAAAAUGAAGUUACUAGGAUGGAUGCAGCAUAAGUUACGGCAAAGUAAUAUUGAACCUUUCAAGGAUUUCACAAUUGGGAACUACUGUUCUUGUCUUUCGGCUCACUCAUCCCUCAAUGAUCAAGACUCCAAUCCAAAAUCAGCCUCUGGCCACGGACAUGGAUCCAGAUUUUCAACCCUGUCCCAACAGGAAAGUGAGAACUCCUUCACAGAAUUUGAAGCCAAGGGAGUAGAAGAAAACUUUGGAGAUGAAGCAUCUACUGUCAUCUCGGGGCUAUUCCAUGGCUUUCUUACCAUUGGAACUCUGGGCUCCGAACUGAUUAUCAGCGAACCCGUAACGCCAACAUUCGCCAUGUCUUUGGAGAAUUCUGAGGACAAGGCAGAGGUCACAGAAAAUGAUUUGAAGAUCAUCAAUGAUGAACUGGAGAAGUUCCUUGAGGCAGAAGCUGAAGAACAUGGGUCCAAUGAGUCAUCAGGAAGGAACAGUCAGGUUAGCACGAUUACACUUAGUGGUAAACCAAUGCAGGAAGCCAAUGCUAAAGAAUAUGGGAAAACAAUUGUAUGUCCUCUCCAAGGAUAUCUGUUUGGGUCUUCAAUUGAACUUCCAGAAGCAAGAUUUGAGGUGAAGAAGGAAAAGGCAUCACUUGCAGAACUGUUCUACAGGACAAAAAUAGCAGAAGAGAGUCCUACGGAAAAAUGUGGGAAAGAGGAGAUGCAGACCAAGCAAGCAAAUAAACCUGUCAAACAUCUCAUCAAGAAAAUUCUGAAAAAGCUUCAUGCUUCUUCAGGGAGUUCUACUCCUACCUCUUCUCCUAAAGAAACCAAUUCUAUUUCAACCAAGAAAAAACUCCACAAGGUCAUAAAACUAUUCCACAGAAAAAUCCAUCCUGAAAGCUCUAUAGCUGAAAGAGAGUCUAAAAAUUUACAUACAGAUAAGAUGAAUAAUGCUCCUUAUGAUGAUGGUGAGUAUACUGAUGUACAGCAGACGCACCAAGGUAAAGGCAACAGGAGGUUUCCUCAGGGAUCAUGGUCAAAGGAAGGAACACAAAAUUACAAGACUAUCUCAAAACUGCCUCAAUACGGACUCACUGGCUUUACUGCAGGUGCAAAUGGGGAGCACUGGAUUAAGACAGAUGCAGACUACUUGGUGUUGGAGCUGUAGUGAAGAAACUGCAAGAAAUGCUUAUUAAUAGCUUUUGUCCUUCGCAGUAAGACUCCAAUCUUGUGGCUUCAUAAUAUCAACUGUGUUGUAAUGUGUUUGCUAGUAAGUGGUGAUGAACUCAAUAGAAAAAGAAGACUAUUAGGAGGAAUCCAUCUUAUCCUCCUGCGUGUGAUAAUAAAGUUGUGCACUAGUUGUCUUGUAGUCUUCCUAAUCUGAACAUCUGUUUAUGAUCA